AGACUUUUUAGUACAAAACCCAAAAACUCACGCGAGUCCCGCCAUUAACCACAGUGUGAGAGAAAUGGAGAUUUUGAGAGAGCAACCGAAGAGCCACUCCGAUGAAUCGUUCAAACUCGCCAUCGCAAUGGCACUCGUCCGAUCAAAGCUUCUUCACAAACCGCCGGCAGCAACACCGGUUCCGCCUUCUUCCUGCCCGCCUCUUUCUCAUUCCGAUGAUGCUGUUAAAUGGAAACAAAAAGCAAAAGAGCGUAAACGAGAAAUUCUCAGGCUCAAGGAGGAUCUCAAAGUAGCCGAAGAUGGUUCACAGUGUGAUAUAUUUCCAAAAAAUGCAUCAUGCAAGUGUUAUUUCUUUGAUAAGUUGGGAUUAUUGAGUCCUAAGAAAAUUGGAGCUGGUUCUGACCAACGGUUCAGUGAUGUGUUGCGGAGAAGAUUUCUUAGACAAGUGAGGAUUAAGGAGAGAAAGAGGAGAAGGCCAGAUGAUUCUUUGCUUCACCGAAUUUCAGAUUGUGACAAUGAUAAUAAUAUUGAGCAACUGAGCGCUUCAGUUGAUUUUCUUUUGGAACUUUGUGACACUAUUUCUCUUCACAGCUUGGAGGAGGGUAAUUUUAAGAACUGGUGCCACCAAGCUGUGGACUUUAUUAUUGGUACACUGGCUACAAUGUCACCAACCGAAAGGAAUAGAGAACCCGUGGAAGGCAUUAUCAACAGUUUAAUCAUGCGUUUAUUGAGAAGAAUGUGCAGUGCCUUGCAAGGAGAUGAAUCUCAUCACUUUGACAAUGCUGUUCAGUUCUAUAUUCAACAUUUGAUGCGUAAGGUCGGAAAUGAGGCUUUUGUCGGCCAACGUAUAAUAUUUGCAGUUUCACAAAGAAUUUCUGCAAUGGCAGAAAGUUUGCUAUUCAUGGAUCCAUUUGAUGAUGCCUUUCCAAGUAUGCAUAACUCUAUGUACAUGAUGAUUCAGCUUUUUGAAUUUCUGGUUUCAGAUUAUUUGUUAAUCUGGUCAAACACAGGGGAUUUUGACUUGAGGCUUUUUGAGGAAUGGGUUGUAUCAAUCCUCCACGGAAGAAAAGCGUUGGAACUACUAGAAAACAGGAAUUCUCUUUAUGUACUGUACAUAGAUCGCGUAAUCGGAGUUGUGGCCAAGCAAGUGAGACAGUUGUCAUUUCUGCAAAAGCUUAGCCCACAGAUUCUUGAGAACUUGUUUAGCUAAGCACUGGCAUGCAGCUUUUUCCUUGUGAACUGCCUCCAAGCCAAACUCUGCCACUGCAGGAGGGGCAAACGUGUUGCCCAAAAACUGAAGAUAUUAACGUCCAGAUUAAAAGGAGAGCACGAAUCGUUCCUAUUACUCCAAAUGUGAGUUCUCGUCAAAGAUCAAGAUCAUCAUUGGCUAUGGGAAAACAAAUAUCUUCAUUGCAAGUGUAUUCACCUCUGUUUUAUCUCCUUUCGUUUAGUUUCUUCUUGCUCUAGUAGCCAUGCUAGAGCAGAAAUAUGGUGAAGGCCAACUUGCUUGACGACAUAAUCUUGGUUCUUCUCCCGGUCAUCCGUCUUGUGCUAUCUUUUAACUUGUUAGGACCAUAUAAUGUUGAGUUCUUUCUACUGUAUCCUCCAAAAAUAUCUACUAGUGUAUCUUAGGCCUUGAGCUUGAACGGAUUUGCUUAGCUAUCCUUCUUUUUUGCUUUAGGACAAAGUGGCUUUAUAUUCAAAGGCAUCGAUGGCAAUGUUGCUUUUGACGUGUAAGUUGUAAUACAUGUUGCAAUUUCUCUCUUUUUAAUUAGCAAAUGGUAUUAUAAGUCAGCUGCUUCCCUUUCAUUGCCUCUGCUUUUAGGCAAAUAUGCUAUUAUUAAAUAGUGUAGCUGUAUUAUUGGAAUAAAAAUAAUGAUUUGAAACUUUGGUUAGAAGUUGAUCUGUAAUGACCUUUUAUAAUUUGAAUAGAAGAAAAUUGACUUUUUUUUUUCA